AUGCAUACACCGUUAACACCUACACAUCAGAAUGGCCAUGGACAUCGCUAUCAUUCACCAGCUCGUCCAAAUGACAAACAUUGUCAUAGCGAUACCCCAACCCAUGGCUUGCGAGCUCAACUCCAUAACCUCUUGCCACGUCACUCGUUCUUCCACGCACAUAUUCAUAUUCAUCAAAUCUCCAGCGUGCCUUUAGUACACGGCGAAUUUGCUGCACGUUGGAAAUUCAAAAAUGUUCAAUCUCAGACUGGACUGCUGAAACGAGUCAAGGGAAAGCGUAGAGGAAGUCAGAAGGCCGAAAAGGGAAAAGCCAAGGAGGUGGUGGGUGAUGAUAGCUUUGGCAGUGCGGAAGCAGCCGCUGAUCGCCAUUCUUCAUCUUUCAACUCCAUUGUCGAUGACCAAAAUGUCAAUAUCUCAGCUGUGGUUGUUUCAGGAUAUAUGUCGUCUACGUCACCUCACCCCAAGUCACCUUAUCAGGAGCUAUUAAAUCCUCCCAUCGCCAGAAUAGAAAGCUACUCGAAUACCCGCGGUAUGACUCCGUUUUACAAACUGAAGAACCAUGCUAUCGUAUGGGACCAUGAUCCUGAUGUUAUAAUCAAGAUGGAUAUUGACCGCGAAACAUCUGAGCUUCUUCCGAAAGAGUUCAAACUUGUUCUCAUGCAGCGAGUCAUCCCCGGCGACCCGGAUGCGCCAAGAAAUCCCCGUCUUGGUUCGCUCUAUCUGGAUCUCAAUGAGUAUGCUGGUGUAGGUAAAGAGGUGACGAGAACCUAUUUCCUAAGGGAUACUAAGAUGAACGCUGCAGUGAAACUCACAAUUUGUCUCAAGCACUCCGGUGUCGAUACUAACUACAUUGCCCCACUUCUUCCCAAAGCCGAUAUAUUCAAUGGAGUAGCAGAUCUUCUGAAUGACGACGUUUACAUUACUCGACCUCGUGAGCUCGACCUUUGGGGUCGUUAUCAUAACCAACAACAGUUGGAAAUGGAUUUACUCCCACGUACGGGUAUCCCUGAACUCCAGAACGCCGCAGCUGAGAAGUCGAGCAAUGGCAAAAAUUCGACGAGAUUUGCUGAAGACAUGAACAGCGAUGAAGACUUUUAUAUAGACGAAGAUGAUUCUGACAUCGAGGAGUCAAGAUACGAAGUCCCGUCCGAUGUCUCUCGUCUUCCAUUUGCCUACGGACCCAAGACCACGGAAAUGCUCAUCGAAGCAAUCUUCAACCCCCAGGUGAGGGAAGAACAGGCAAGGAAGCUUGAACGAGUGCGAGACAAAGAUAGGACCGGGCCCGCGCCUUACUUGGACAAUGAGUCCCCUUCACUGUAUAGCGCCGACGACAAGAACAGUCACAGUGGGUAUACAGAAAACAGCGAGGGUAGAGGACGAAGUGGUAUGAGAGGAUGCUGGUCAUCAAAGAAGAAAACGCCUGCUGCUGUGUCUUCGACACCAACGGGGUUGUCACGACCUGCGACACCUGGGACAACGGUCGCAGUGCUUCAGUCGAGUGUGGUCGAUGCUGCACAGCGUGAUGUAGAUGGUCUGCGGGAAAAACCAGAGCGGAAGGAUGUCGAACUUGAUGAGGCUCUUCAGGACCGCGAACGAUCCUCGAAGGAUUUGGAGCAGCAAGUUGAGCGGCUGCAAGAGGAGCUGACACAGAUCAAGCAGGAGAGAGACCAUCUUUGUCUUGCUUCGUCGAAAACUUCUUCUUCUCGGGAGGCAGAAGAGCUUAAACAUCGUCUGGAAGACGCAGAACGUGAGAACCGGGACCUCAUCAAUGUCAUAAGUCGUUUGAAGCAGGAUGGAUCCCAAGGUGGCGACGAAAUCAAUACCUUGCACUCGAAUUUCAAAGAAGCCCGUGCAGAACAUCAACAGCUAGAAUCAAAAUUCAGGGAAAUUCGCGCUACCGAAACACCCACAAGGUCUUUCAAACUCGUUUCUCUGACACAACAAUUACAACUGGCACAAUCCGAAGUCGAGCGCGUCAAUAUAGAACUAACAACAAAUCUCAACGACAUGACGCAGAACCAUAACUCUUUACAGGCGAAUCUCAAAGCUUUGCAGACAUCUCUUGCCUCUCAAACUCAUCAAUUAACACAAGAACUCACAAUAGUACAACAUGUCAAUGAUCAAAUUGCGAAGCAGGAGGCCACGUACUCUACUAAGACGAAUUCUUUGCAUCGUCUUGUCGAAGUGUCGGAGGCACGCGAAAAGCAGGCGAAAGACUUUGUCGAGAAUAUGGAACGGGAUUGGACCGAACUCAGUGAAAGGGCUGAUGAGCGUGAGGCUAAUGUCAAGGCUGACAUUGAGAAGGAAAGGCGGGCCCGUGAGGAAGCAGAGAAUAAAAUUGAACAGUUGGAGAAAGUAUUGGACAAAAUAGGAUGGGGUGAACUUCCGAUUCCAGGCCGCGGUGCUGCCAGAACUCCCUCAAGACGAACCUCGGGUGUGUUUGACGAAGUUCACGAUCGUUUGGUCAGUCUCAGUCCAACGAUUGCGAUGGUCAGCAAGACCCAGAAGAGCAUCAAAAAUUUCACGGAAGUUUACGCGCAUUACGUUCAGCUUCAGGAUCUUUAUGAAAAGAAAAACAUGGAUGUAGCAAUGGAAAACAUAUUGGCCCAACUUGAGGAACGGGCUCCUGUCCUUUCGCAGCAACGAAUAGAAUACGAGCGAAUUCAAUCAGAAGCUUCGCAACUUGCGUCGAAACUAGCUCAGGCCAUCUCCGACCGCGACGUGCAAUAUCAAGCUGCGCACGACAACCUGGAUGACCUUGGACUCCAGGUUCGAGCAUUACUGAAAGAGAUUGGGCGUCCUGAUGAUCGAAAUCUCUCGUCAGAUGAAGAUCUAGAAAACGUCAUUGCAGCGGAAGUUGUUGAGGAUGUCAUUACCAACAACCUUAUUCUGUUCCGUUCCAUCGAUAAAGUGCAGCUGCAGAAUCAAAGUCUUCGUCGAAUUGUCCGCGGCAUGGGUGCAAAGAUGGAACAAGCUGAGAAAAAACAGAAGGCGAAAAUGGAGGAGGAGCAGGCUGAGGCAGUCAGGGAGGCUCAUGAACCAAUGGAGAAUCUCGUCGCCGAACUUGACCGACAAAAGAAACACAGCGACAAUGUUAUCCAGGCCUACGUGAAGGAAAGGGAUGCACUUAAAGCGAUUAUUGCCCGGUCGAAUCAUAACGAAGGACACACUGAUAUCCCAACCGACUCCAGCGAAAUUUGUGUCUCAGACGUGUCGUCUAGUGUCGCGAAAGAGCUGGCUGGAAUUCAGAACAACAUUGCUACUCAUGGAGAAAUCGAACAGUUACAAGCGGCGCUCGCCAAAGCGUCCACUAAGAAUCAAAAUCAAAUUGUAUUUUACAGAACGCCUUCAAAUGCUUCAAGAUCAAAUCGGCCUUCAGAACCAAAAGCUGAAUAUCUUACCAAGCGCAACCAGCAAUUACUAGACAAUGUACUCGUGUUGACGUUGAUGAGUGUGCCAAAUCUACGCGCAAAGAAAGGCAUUUGGGAGAGUAUCCAAAGUCGCCUAGACCAAGAGAACAAGAGCUUGGCCUUGGAACGUUCUCACCUUUCCACCUCGAUGAGCAAUGUUCAAAGAAUGCAUAGAGAAUUGGAGCGAUCCGGAGAGACCGACCGUUGUCGUCUAGAAAAUCAACUCCAGCUAACCCAAGAAUUGAGAAAUCAAGUUACGCAAGAACGCGAAGCCGUCAGAAACCUUUCGCUUCAGAAAGAUAUAGAGGUCAGAGAUCUGCAAAAUCGCCUCAACAAAUCGGCGCAAGAGUUGUCGAAAACUCGGGAAGCUUUAGCUGUAGUUGAAAUUAGCAAAGACCACCUCGAGGAACGUGUUGGCAAUCUUACCAAACAUAUGAAAGACAAUGAAGAGAAACUUGCACAGCUCGAGUGUGAAGUAGCAGGACUACGAUCGGUCCUCAAAGUCGUAGAGUUUGAACUCACCAAGCAAAAGGACAUCACUCACGAAGAAUACAUUGCCUCUACAGACGCACAAUUUGCCAAGUCCGAGUCCGACAGAUGCGUCCUUGAAGAAAGACUGCAAAUUGUUCAAACAGAUCUUGGGGAAUUGACCACUAAGCACAAUGACCUACAGAAACAAUAUAAAGAUGAUCGUGUUGUUUGGUCCAACGACGAGAAGACACUCGAAGACACGAUCGUAAAUCUCAGUACCUCUGAAAACGACCGCAACUCCCAUGAAAACGCUAUUAAACAACAAGAAGAACGUGCUAAGGUAGUCGAGGAACGUUGUUCUAAUGAAGUUCUCUCUCAUGCGGAAUCAAUCAAGGCUCUCGAUAACUUGAAAAAGCAACUAGCUUCUGUUCAGACCACUGUCAGGGAUUACGAAGUUGCUGCCGUUCCAAACUCGCUACCUCAGAAGGCAGCUGGCAACAACAAAAACAAACGUUUGACAACGAGACGAAAGAUCUGUGACAACGGUGAGUUCAACGAUCUGACAAAGCAAAACAACAUACUCCACCAUCACCUUGAAACGGUCAGCUCUCAGGCAGCAUACAUUCGCCAAGCAGCUGAAACAACAACGUCUACGAGCAAUGAAGCAGAUGCGAAUGAUAGCUCCGACGUAAACCUUUCGGAAAUGCGUUUCGUAAUUGCUUAUAUCCGCAAAGAAAAAGAGAUUCAAAAUCUCAAUGAAACCAGACAGACUUUAUCUGAGAUCUUACCGGAGAGUAACGCAACAUCACGAGCGGAUGGCGAAGCUCGGGUCAAUCGUAUCAAGGAAUUGGAAACGAAGUUAGACCUUCUUGUAAACCAACUGGAACCUACAAAAGAGGAGGCCCGUGUCACUAAAACUGAGCUUCAGGACCGAGAUACUCAAAUGAAAAGGCUUGAAGAGAAGAACCGCAGAUGGCAAGGACGCAAUCAGCAAUUGUUGACCAAGAUGCAGGCCCUCAAGGACAAGAUUGAGCGUCUCAAAGUUGAGGAAUGUUCAUCAGAAAACGUUAUCAAAGAACGAGAGGAUGAGCUGAAUCAAACCAAGUCCCGCGUCGAGAAACUUGAGAACACCCUUGCCACUUACAAGAAAACAUAUGCCAAAAACAUGAAUAACUUCAAAUCAAAACUGGGCGAAUUGAACGCCGUCAGGUCGAAGCUCACAACUGAGAAAAAGGAACUAGAGGAAAAGGUUUCUGCUCUAGAAGGACGGACGCAUAAUCUUGAGGUUACCCUUGAUUCGUUGAAACCUGAAAAGGAAUCGUCUGGUUCCCCUUCAGCUCUGCCAGACGGCGCUGCCAAUCCGGACGGCAUAUGUCUUUCUUCUUGA